AUGGCUACCGAGCAAAGUGAGUGUCGUGCACAGCCGCAUCGCAGCAACGCUGCCAAGCCGAAGCUCACGCCAUCUUCCUCCAAUCUAUCCUGCCCUCGUCGCAGCAUACAUCAUGGUCAAGCCAGACGGCGUUCAGCGCGGUCUGGUCGGCGAAAUCAUUGGCCGUUUCGAGAAGAGGGGCUACAAGCUCGUUGCUGCCAAGCUUGUCCACGCCUCCGUCGAGCACCUCGAGAAGCACUACGCCGAUCUCAAGGGAAAGCCCUUCUUCCCCGGACUUGUCAAGUGAGUUGUGUCCCUUCAAAUGAGUGCAUUGCCUUCGAGCGACCACGAUUGGCCAGUCGUACGCGUUUAGCUUUGACUCUUGAAUCAAGUCUGGGACAAUGGGCGGGGCUGCAAGAAGAUGAGCACGUUGCUACUCGUGUCUAACCACCUUUCUCCUCUCUUACAGGUACAUGGCUAGCGGCCCAGUCAUGGCCCUCGUCUUCCAAGGCAAGGAUGUUGUCAAGCAAGGCCGUGUCCUGCUCGGCGCCACCAACCCUCUCGCCUCCGCUCCCGGCACCAUCCGCGGCGACUUGUGAGUCGUCUGUUUCUGCUGUCUUUCGCACUGAAUCCGCUCAUCUCAGUCUCGCGUGGCUUACAACUUGACUCUGCGCACACUUCAGCGGCAUCGACGUCGGACGCAACAUUUGGUGAGCAUCGAAGAUGCACGAGCAUCCAUGCUCAGCGAUCGAACUAAUUUCGAUCCUUUGUUUUCCUUCACUUGAAGCCACGGCUCUGACGGAGUUGAGAGCGCCAAGAAGGAGAUCGCUUUGUGGUUCGGCGAGCAGAACCCCACCAUCGAGGUGAGCAAUGAGAGCGCGCAGCUAUCAGUGCCGGUGCCUCAUAGACAUCUUACACCAACACUUCACUCGCACAGUACAACCGCGUCCUCGACUCUCAGAUCUACGAGUAG